AUCCCAGUACACAUGCGCGAAAAUGUAUAGUCGCAGUUUACGCCACACAGACGAGGAAGUGAUGAAGAUUGUGCGGCAAAUUUGCACUGAAACGGCUUAAUAACAACAUUGUUGAGAUGAACGGUCUCGCAAACGACGGGCAGGACCUGCUAUUGGCAGCCCUGUCUGAGAGUGGGCUGGCGUUUGAUGAGUUCCCCGGUGCCACCGACGCCAACGAUCAGAAUGACUUCGAUCUCAGCCUCUUGGGACCGCCAGACCCGUUCGGGGCCAACGUUCCUCCUAGCCAGUACAUGGCCGGGCUGCAGAGCAAUGAGACAGACCCUCUGUUGGCCAUGCUGCAAGGUGAACAUCAGCAACAACAGCAGCAGCAGCAGCAGCAACGAAUGCAACAGCAGCAACAACAGUUACAGCAGCCACCAACAUUUGUAUCAACUCCUUCCGUGCAUCAGAUGCCAGAUAUGGAGAGCGCCAUCCCCAAGUUGACACAUUCCUCCGGCACCAACUCCGGCACGGUGUACGUCAUGGACAAGAAUCGGUCCUGGAAGCCCGUCGUGUCCAACACCCCGUCGCCCAUCCCGCCCAUCGAUUCCAAGUCGGAUUUCUUCCAGACCAUCGCCACGCCCGCCAAGAAUCCACCGCCCCUCAUGCCCACCCUCGGGGGGUUUGGCAAGUCUGGCAGCAUGCUCUCCCGAAUCAAGACGGCGCCCGCCGGCCUGAGCGACUUACUGAACACGGUUCCCAGCACCAGCAAUAUGCCGCUGGGUUUCCCCGGGCGGAGGGCCGAUAAGCCGUUGGGAAGCAAUGCCGCUGCGAUCAACAAGGGGCUGACUCAGAAAGACGUGUCGCGGUUGUGGUCCAAUGACGACAUCAAGUUGGAAAGUGUGACACCAAAAGUUCAGAAACCAGCGGAGGAGGACAUAGAUGAUGAGGAAGAAGAGAACAUGGGACAUGCCGAGACUUACGCCAACUACAUGCCAUCCAAACUGAGGAUAGGCCUACCCCACCCGGACCCCGUCGUAGAGACCAGCUCCAUGGCCAGUGUGCAGCCCCCUAACAUCUACUACCGGCUCAGCAUUCCUGAAGAGGUCAUUGACCGGAGACAGCUGUCGGCCUUGCAGCUCGAGUCCAUCACCUACGCCUGCCAACAACACGAGACCAUGCUGCUGAGUGGGGAGAGGGCAGGCUAUCUCAUCGGUGAUGGGGCCGGUGUUGGCAAAGGCAGAACUAUAGCGGGCAUCAUCCAUGAGAACUAUCUGCUGGGAAGGAAGAGAUCAAUCUGGUUCAGCGUGUCCAACGAUCUCAAGUUUGACGCCAUGAGAGACCUGAAGGACAUCAGUGCAAACAUUCCAGUCCAUUCCCUUAACAAGUUCAAGUAUGUGAAGAUCAAUUCCCAGGCCAACGGUUACGUCAGGAAGGGCAUCAUCUUCUCCACCUACUCGUCCCUGAUUGGUGAGAGCCAGGCCACCCACAAGUAUGACACGAGGCUCAAGCAGCUGUUGCGCUGGUGCGGCAAGGACUUUGAUGGAGUUAUCAUUUUUGAUGAGUGCCACAAAGCCAAGAAUCUUGUCCCAGUGGGUUCCGCUAAGCCGACCAAAACUGGCCUGACGGUGCUGGAGCUACAGAAGCAGCUGCCCAAGGCUAGGGUGGUCUACUGCAGUGCAACCGGUGCCUCUGAACCCAGGAACAUGGCCUACAUGUCCCGGCUAGGUAUUUGGGGGAAAGGCACACCCUUCCCAGACUUCAACGCUUUCAUUCAGGCCGUCGAGAGGAGGGGUGUUGGUGCCAUGGAGAUUGUUGCCAUGGAUAUGAAGCUGCGAGGCAUGUACAUCGCUAGACAGCUGAGCUUCCAAGGCGUGACGUUCAACAUCAACGAAGUCAAGCUGAGCGUAGAGUUCAAGAAAAUCUACAACAAGGCCGUCGGUCUGUGGCUAGCCGCCCGGGAGAGGUUCAUCAAGGCCGCGGAUCUGAUCGGCGCGGAGCAGCGCAUGCGUAAGUCUAUGUGGGGUCAGUUCUGGUCGGCCCACCAGCGAUUCUUCAAGUAUCUCUGCAUCGCUGCCAAGGUGCAGCAUGCUGUCAAACUGGCCAAAGAAGCUGUCAAGAUUGGCAAGUGCGUAGUCAUUGGUCUGCAGUCCACGGGUGAGGCUCGAACCCUGGACGCCUUAGAAGAAGCAGGAGGAGAACUCAACGACUUUGUCUCGACCGCAAAGAGUGUGUUUAGUACCUUGAUUGAGAAGCACUUCCCAGCUCCCAAUCGUAAGAAGACGGCCAGCAUGUUUAAUCUGAACAGCAACAGCGGCGCCAGCAGCCCUGCCUGGAGCGAGAGCAGUCGAGGAGUCAAGAGAAAGAGAGACAAACUGACCAACGGCCUCAAGUCCAAGCAGCCCAAGCACUGGUGGGAAGAGGACAGCCGAGAGAACAGCCCCCUCAACGGCAACAGCAAUAGCAACAGCAACAACACGGGCGGCGAGAGUGACGACAGCGACGUCAUCUUACUGUCCUCCAGUGACAGUGACAGUGACAGUGACGAUGACGAUGUGUCCUCCAAGGGGUCCUCCAAUGACGAGGACGACUUCAAUCCAUUCAGGGACAACUCUGAUGACGAUCCCUGGGUGACUCGCAAAUCCAAAGUCAAAGAAGAGAAGACCAAGAAGAAGAAGAAGAAAAAGAAAGCCGAAGAUAAGAACCUGCCGAUGAUGCGUAACCUGGAAGGGAAGAUGAACAGCGCCCUCUAUGCGGCAGGCAUCCUGACGAAACCCAGACUGCCCAACACCCUGGCCACCAUGUCAUCAAUACCUGCAGCGACCAACUCCAUGCUUCUGCCGGGAAUGGACGCCUACGAGAGGGCUAUCCUGAUGAAGCAAGAACUCCUGGACAUGUGUGAGGAGAUCGGUUCGGUCCUUCCCAACAACACCCUGGAUGAGCUCAUUGAUGAGCUGGGUGGGCCUGAGAACGUGGCCGAG